ACUCCUUUUCCCUCUCUCUCUCACUAAACACACACACUCUCUCUCUCUCCUCUCUGGUUCUUGUUUCUGCUUAGUUGUUCUUCUCGCUGCUAACCUGCGCACUCCCCACCGCCUACCCUGUGCCGCGCGAGAUGUCUCCGGCGUCUGGUCACGUGAUGAUAAGAAUAUCGAGGUACAGGAGCCGUUAGAUUAAGAGAUUUUCCAACGGGAACCGAGUAAAUGGACGGCCAGAAGAGCCAGGGGAAGCUGACCCGGACCCACUCCUCCCUCCUCCGCGCCUCCCCCACCAUCAGAUCCUCAAUCCACAGCCUUUCCUCCAUGAACGAGAUCACAGAGGAUCAAGAACCGGACAUAGAGGAGCAGAAGCCCCACCACAAGCCCAGCCCAGCGGCCCCGGUCCGUCCCGGAAAGAAGAAAACCCGGUUUGUCCCGGCCCUCGCCGCCUCCUCCCUCUCCCUCUACACCCUCUUCCUCUUUCUGCGACAAGACGAAAUACCCACCUCGGAAAACCUCCUGGUAGCCCUGGUUUUCGUCGCAGUGGCCUUGUUCCUGGCCGGGAAGAACAAGGGUUUGAUCCACCAUUGCUUCGUGGUCAUCAAGCAAGUGUGCGACGAGUGCAAGAAGAGACACGGGUUUUCGUCGAAAACCCGCGAGCACAAGCCCGUCAAGUGGUUUAUCGGCGAGUCCGACCUGGUAGACGAGAAGCACGAGCCGGUCGUGCUGGAAGGGGUUGAGUUUUACAGCAACGGGGAUUUCUACGAGGGUGAGUUUCACAAGGGGAAGUGUAACGGGAGCGGGGUGUACAAUUAUUUUGUGAACGGGAGGUAUGAGGGGGACUGGAUUGAUGGCAAGUAUGAUGGGUGUGGGAUAGAGAGUUGGGCGAGAGGGAGUAGGUACAGGGGGCAGUAUAGGCAAGGGUUGAGGCAUGGGUUUGGGGUUUACAGGUUUUAUACGGGGGAUAUGUAUGUGGGAGAGUGGUUUAGAGGGCAGAGUCACGGUGUUGGAGCUCAGACUUGCUCUGAUGGGAGCUGUUAUGUUGGGGAGUUCAAGUGUGGUGUCAAGCAUGGCCUUGGUUGUUACCAUUUUAGAAAUGGAGACCGGUAUGCUGGGGAAUACUUUGGUGACAAAAUCCACGGGUUUGGAAUAUACCACUUCGCUAAUGGUCACUGUUAUGAGGGAUCGUGGCAUGAAGGCCGUAAGCAAGGAUAUGGAAUGUACACAUUCCGAAAUGGUGAUACUAGGUGUGGUGAAUGGGACUGUGGCAAUCUCAAGACACCUCUAGCCCCAUCGACAGAUGAGGUCCUUCGAGUGGUUCAGGCUGCUAGAAAAACAGCUGAGAACGCAAUCCACAUCCGGCGAGUGGAUGAACAAGUAAACAAGGCAGUGGUGGCUGCAAACAGAGCCGCCACUGCCGCCAGAGUUGCUGCUGUCAAAGCAGUUCAAAACAGGAUGGACGGCAAAUUUUGCGACGCUGACUUAUAAACGGCAAGCUUUUUUGCCUUGUGACUGUAAAUUUUUUACUGGAUUUUUAUGUUUACUUCAAAAAUGUACCGCCCCGGUGAGCACAAGCUCGUCGGAGGUUGAGAGAGAGUAUGUCCAACUGUAAUCUGUAUAUAGAUCCCUGUGUAUAUCAAUGGAAGCUGAGUUUU